UAUAAGGUUUUCAAAUGUUGGGUAGAUUAAUUUUUAGGUUUUACAGAUGUAACUUCGCUUGGAUAUAUAAAAUAUGCUGAUCAUAAUGUGGUAGGCUAGAUACACAUAAGGCCCACUGUACAUUGUAUUAGCAUAGAAUCAGGAUAAAGCCCAUUGUAUUGAAGAGGCAUACAAGAUAAAAGCCCCGUUAGAAUUAAGUAUAACACUGUCAUCUCUGUCUAGCUCAUACAUUAGCAUUAAGAGAUAAAAAUGUACGUAUACCUAUCUCGCUCACGCAUCGAAAGGUAUAAGUAAAGGAAAAGAAACGACGCCGCGACAUUCGGUGGCUUGUGUUCGAGAAGAAAAGUUUAAAUAAAGCAUCGGAUUUAUAUUCUUGCGUUUACAACUAUAACGUUUACAACAUCAGAAGUGGUCAUUACUCACUAUGCCUGACGUGGAUUUGAAGCAAUUCUCGGUGCUCCAACUGAAGAACUGGUUGGGAGCUCUCGGACGCCCAACUUCCGGCACUAAAGCGGAGUUAAUAGCGCGUCUGCAAGCAAUCUCUCCAGAGACACGUGGCGAUCCGCCAACCAAGACAUCGAGCAGCCAGGGCGACCAACCACCAAACGGCCGAUCGGCGGCAGAACCAGCAGACGAGACGGAUGGAGCUGCAUCUUUGCUGGAACUGCAGGAGCCACAGGGUGCAGGCUUGCAAGAGGUCUCAGGCGACGCGCACUCAAUGGCGUCGCAUACCUUGGACAACGUCGAGUUUGAGCAGCUAUCACUCGUGGAUGCCGAAAAAGCCACCCUACAGAAGAUUCGUGAUGAAAUCGACGCAAGCAUGGCCGUUUUGCAGAGGAUUCACAUAGAGAUCGACGACGCAAACAAGAACAAAUCAGUUCAUGUUCAAGAAAUCCAUGACGUCAUCGCAAAUACCAUGGAAGUUUCUAGAAGUGCUAACAUUGGCGCCAACAGCGACGCUGUUAAGUUUAACAGCACCAAAGUGACCAUCACCGCCGAUAACAUUGGUCCGGACAAUACCAGUGUUGGAAAACAGAUCGAUGGAAGUGUUGAUCAACGCAUGAACACAAAUGUAAACAAACUACUGGAAUCUCCGGCAGCAUCGCUUGCUUUGGCAAAAGAAGUUACAAUGGAAUACAACGGCAGCGUGUGUGCACGCAAUUGGGUCACACAGCUUCAGAACAUUGGCAAGGUGUAUAAUUUAGACGAUGGCUGCAUGCAUAUGCUUCUGAUUGCCAAACUGAAGGGAAACGCACAACGCUGGCUGCACGCAAACGCCACGCGCAUUCUGGAGCCGGCCGAUCAACUUUGCGAACAACUUAUUACGACGUUCGGCGUUAAAAUGUCCAAAGGAGAGCUGAGAAGCGCAUUCCAAAGACGUCAAUGGCUUCCAGAAGAGAAGUUCGCCGCUUAUUUCGAGGACAAGGUCAUGCUAGCUAACGACAUCAACAUCGAUUUGGAGGAGCUUCUGGAGAACAUCAUAGAAGGGAUUCCAGCACCGGCGCUGCGCAACCAGGCGCGCAUACAGUGCUUUUCCGAGCCGAUGCAGAUUCUGCGAGCCUUCGCGGAAGUCCGCUUACCAGAGCGCAAAACAGGAGGCAAUUCGACAAAGCAGCUAUCUGGAAAAGUUGCACUCAACAAGGAUUUGCGUUGCGCCAACUGCAACUCUAAAGGGCACUUCGCCAAGGAGUGCCUCAAACCAAAGAGGGAGCCCGGUUCCUGCUACGCCUGCGGCACGUUUGGACACUUCGUCGGGCAGUGCCCGGAGCGCAAGAGUGCGAACACAAACAAUUAUAAUGCCUCAUAGACACAGGGAGUCCAAUCUCAUUUUCGAAAGUAAGCAGUAUACCCAAAGAAGUUAAUUUAGAAACCGUUUCGGAGAACUAUUUCGGGCUGAAUAAAAGCCAACUGAAGAUAUUUGGAAAAAUUUUGUGUUACGUAUUAAAAGAAAGAAUAAAAUGUUUUUUUUAUAUGUACGUGGUCCCAAACGAGUCUAUGAGUCAUAAUGUAGUUCUUGGAAGAAAUUUUAUGGAAGCUUGCCAGCUGAAAUUGGAUCCAGACAUUUUGGGAAAGGUUACAAUUGACCCUUUAGAUAUUAA